GGAGCAGGAGCCUGAGCCCAGGAAAAGAGGCGGUGCUCUAGUCAGGUCCUGCCCGCAUCACCUGGAACGGACCUCUUCCCCUCCCCUCGGGGGAGGAGAAGAGAGGCCCCGCUCCGCCCUCCCGUGGGCAUGCAAAGGCAGCCGCUGGCGCCCAGGAGCUGGGUGCUACACGGGGUCCAGGAGAAGAGAAGGAACACGAGCCCCAGCCUAACUCCACCUCAGCCAAGUCCGCAGAGCACCAUGAAGAUGCACUUCAGCAUCCCAGUGUCCCAGCAGCGGCUGGACACACUCGGGGGUCGCUACGUGCUGUACUCGGUGUAUCUGGAAGGGUUCCUCUUUUGCAAGGUGCGCUACAGCCAGUUGCAUCGUUGGAAUGAGCAGCUGAAACGGGUCUUUGGGAAUAACUUGCCACCUUUUCCACCGAAGUAUUAUCUUGCAAUGACCACAUCUAUGGCUGAUGAAAGGAGAGAUCAACUGGAACAGUACCUACAAAAUGUCCCUAUGGAUCAGAACAUCUUGAGAAGUGAAGUCUUCAUCCGUUUUUUAAAAUUGCUACAGCAGGACACAUUCAAAAUCACCACCAAGAAAGUCUCUCUGGAUGUAUUUCUGCCUGAUGGAAGAAGUAUCAGAAUUGAAAUUCUAACCUCUGACACUGCUGAAAGAGUCUUAGAGAUUGUAUCAUACAAGAUGGGACUGUCUCGGGAGCUUAUUGGAUACUUCAGCUUGUUCCUGAUCCAGUUCCAGAGUGACAAUGUCUUAUCUGUAAUGAAAAAAAUGGCAGAAUUUGAACUCCCAUAUGUGAGUCUUCAAAGUACUGAAGUGGAAAACUGUAAGGUUGGACUUAGAAAGUGGUAUAUGGAUCCAUCCCUUGACUCCAUGCUUAUGGACUGCCAAACUGCUAUCAAUUUGCUAUAUGAGCAGGCAGUUCAGGAAAUUGAAAAAAAAUGGGCCAAACCAACAGAGGAGCAGAGACAGGAAUUAGAGGCCCUGAGGAAAGCAGGAAACCAGACAAAGUUUUUGGAGCUGGCCCAGAAGGUGCAGCACUAUGGAUACAUGCAGCUUGAUUCCUGCGCCUGUGACUACCCAGAGCCUGGCUGUGUGGCUACUUUAGCGGUGGGCAACAAUGAAAUCAGCUGCUACUUUAAGUUGCCUAGCAAUCAGACCCAAGAAGUUAACUUCAAGAUGAGCCGGAUAAAGUCAUGGCAGGUCACUUUCCUUGGAACUCUGUUAGAAGAAGAGGAAAGUCCCCAGCAAACCCUCAACCAGAACCUGGAGCUCAGGUUUCAGUACAGUGAAGGCAACAACAGUUGGCAGUGGUUCACCAUUUACAGCAAACAGGCUUUUUUGCUGAGUAGCUGCUUGAAAAAGAUGAUAACAGAGAAAAUGAUGAAGUUAGCUGCAGAAAAUCCAGAAAUGCAGAUUGAAGUUCCCCUGGAACAAGGCAAAAGAAAGAAAUCCUACCAUCAACAAAGCCAGACAAACUCUUUUGAUUUUCCACUAAGAAAAGGCAAGAUUUCAUUUAAGUCAACUGAAGAGGACUGUGUGUUUGAGACUAUAAGGGAAGAGGAUCUUUGAAGAAGAAGAAAAAAAAUCCAGCAUUUCCAUUUUCUUCCUUUAAAAUAAAUCAUUUGAAACAGCA